AUGGUGGUGGUUGAUGAGUUAGAGGCAGCAGCAGAGCAGAUCAGGCAGCACAGGUCGCACCAACAGCCGUUGGAUCAGCACGCGUUGCAUCAGCAGCCGUUGGAUCAGCAUCUGGCAAAUUCAGCUCCUGCAGAUGCAUCAACAAAUGCUGCUUUUGCAGCAGCAGAAGCAGCAGCAGCAGCAGGAGCAGCAGCAGCAGCUGCAAGAACAGCAACAACAGCAGCAACGGCACCAACAGUACCAUCAGCAGCAGACGCAGCAGCGGCAGAUGCAUCAACAAAUGCUGCUUCUGUUGCAGGAGCAGCAGCAGCAGCAGCAGCAGCAGCAGCAGCAGCAGCAGCAGCAGCAGCAGCAGCAGCAGCAGCAGCAGCAGCAGCAGCAGCAGCAGCAGCAGCAGCAGCAGCAGCAGCAGCAGCAGCAGCAGCAGCAGCAGCAGCAGCAGCAGCAGCAGCAGCAGCAGCAGCAGCAGCAGCAGCAGCAGCAGCAGCAGCAGCAGCAGCAGCAGCAGCAGCAGCAGCAGCAGCAGCAGCAGCAGCAGCAGCAGCAGCAGCAGCAGCAGCAGCAGCAGCAGCAGCAGCAGCAGCAGCAGCAGCAGCAGCAGCAGCAGCAGCAGCAGCAGCAGCAGCAGCAGCAGCAGCAGCAGCAGCAGCAGCAGCAGCAGCAGCAGCAGCAGCAGCAGCAGCAGCAGCAGCAGCAGCAGCAGCAGCAGCAGCAGCAGCAGCAGCAGCAGCAGCAGCAGCAGCAGCAGCAGCAGCAGCAGCAGCAGCAGCAGCAGCAGCAGCAGCAGCAGCAGCAGCAGCAGCAGCAGCAGCAGCAGCAGCAGCAGCAGCAGCAGCAGCAGCAGCAGCAGCAGCAGCAGCAGCAGCAGCAGCAGCAGCAGCAGCAGCAGCAGCAGCAGCAGCAGCAGCAGCAGCAGCAGCAGCAGCAGCAGCAGCAGCAGCAGCAGCAGCAGCAGCAGCAGCAGCAGCAGCAGCAGCAGCAGCAGCAGCAGCAGCAGCAGCAGCAGCAGCAGCAGCAGCAGCAGCAGCAGCAGCAGCAGCAGCAGCAGCAGCAGCAGCAGCAGCAGCAGCAGCAGCAGCAGCAGCAGCAGCAGCAGCAGCAGCAGCAGCAGCAGCAGCAGCAGCAGCAGCAGCAGCAGCAGCAGCAGCAGCAGCAGCAGCAGCAGCAGCAGCAGCAGCAGCAGCAGCAGCAGCAGCAGCAGCAGCAGCAGCAGCAGCAGCAGCAGCAGCAGCAGCAGCAGCAGCAGCAGCAGCAGCAGCAGCAGCAGCAGCAGCAGCAGCAGCAGCAGCAGCAGCAGCAGCAGCAGCAGCAGCAGCAGCAGCAGCAGCAGCAGCAGCAGCAGCAGCAGCAGCAGCAGCAGCAGCAGCAGCAGCAGCAGCAGCAGCAGCAGCAGCAGCAGCAGCAGCAGCAGCAGCAGCAGCAGCAGCAGCAGCAGCAGCAGCAGCAGCAGCAGCAGCAGCAGCAGCAGCAGCAGCAGCAGCAGCAGCAGCAGCAGCAGCAGCAGCAGCAGCAGCAGCAGCAGCAGCAGCAGCAGCAGCAGCAGCAGCAGCAGCAGCAGCAGCAGCAGCAGCAGCAGCAGCAGCAGCAGCAGCAGCAGCAGCAGCAGCAGCAGCAGCAGCAGCAGCAGCAGCAGCAGCAGCAGCAGCAGCAGCAGCAGCAGCAGCAGCAGCAGCAGCAGCAGCAGCAGCAGCAGCAGCAGCAGCAGCAGCAGCAGCAGCAGCAGCAGCAGCAGCAGCAGCAGCAGCAGCAGCAGCAGCAGCAGCAGCAGCAGCAGCAGCAGCAGCAGCAGCAGCAGCAGCAGCAGCAGCAGCAGCAGCAGCAGCAGGACAAGUCAGCUGCAUCAACAGCCCUUGUAACCACACCCAGAAAACCUGGUUUGAGAAGUAUGGGGAGGCUUUUCCAUUUUCAAAAGAUUCUUCUUUUGUGGAGGCUGGGAGUUUCACUGCUUCUGCUGCUGCGGCGGCUGCGGCAGCUGCUGCAGCAGCUGGUUCUGGAAGCUUCCUGGAAGCAUCGGAGCUGGCAGCGCUGCCGCCCCCCCGAGAUCCGGCCAAUAGGAAGCAUUUACUGGAUUCUGCUGACGUGUUGGAUGUGACAAGAGCGGAAGGGAGCGUUCUUGUAACGAGGGGGGCCUCAGGAAAACACCUAGCUAGUACAGCUGAGGCAGUAGGGGUAGAGUUUGGGAGGGACGGAAGUGGAGAAGGAGGGAGCAGGGCAGGAAGCAGAGCAGCAGAUGCAGAGUUGGGGGGACAAGGAAGCAGGAGAUAUUCUGCUGCUGCUCCAUCCUCCCCUGCUCUAUCCCAUGCUGCUUCGUCUUAUGCUGCCCCAUCCCAAGCAUCUCCCUCUUAUGCUGCCCCAUCCCAAGCAUCGCCCUCUUAUGCUGCUGCAACCCAAGUUCCCCUGCCACCUUCACCUUCAUCCGCCCUUGCUGCUUCUCCUGACGCAGCACAUAGAGGCACCACGGACUCUUGGGCUGAUUUUUCUCGGGCAGAUUUUUCCCGGACGAUUAUUUCUCGGGCGGAUCUUUCUCGCGCAGAUGCUUCCGAGCCACCUCUCUUCGGCUUCCCCCGGCAAAUUUCCGAGACUGGGAGUGAGGCAGCAGCAGCAGGGAGGUUCAGGUCUCCAGAGGAGUUUAUGAGGAGGCAACUCACAGCCAUGGCUGAAGCUGUAGAGAGCAGGGACAUGGCGCAAAUACAGCAGGCGUACUUGCAACUCAAACCUCUCGCACGGCCCAAGGGGACGGCCAUGGAGAGACUGAUUCACUACAUGGUGGAGGGGUUGUUUAAGCGGUUGCAAGGGACUGGUUAUAAACACUUCAGCACUCCUGUUCGGAAAACACCAAAGGAGCUAGACGAGGCGCGUGCCUGGUUCGCUACAAGCACGCCUUACCCCUCGUUUGGCAACAUGGCAAUAACGGGCAUGUUUCUCCACGCCGUCUCCUCCGCCUCCCACGUGCACCUCAUCGACUUGGGAGAGCUCCUGCCCUUCCACCUGCCCACCAUCAUUGAACUUUUAGCUGCCCGCCGGGGCGGCCCGCCGCACCUCCGCGUCACGGGGUUGGACACGACGACUUUUGUCUGCCCGGGACGGAAGGAUUUUAAGAGUUUGAGGGCGGUGGCGGAGGUUGGGAGGAGGCUGAGGGGGAUGGCGAUGCGGCUGGGGGUGCCCUUUGAAUUCGAAUACGUGGAUAUAGACGAGAAUCAGCUGCACCUUCUGUAUCAGGUCAAGAGGAGGUGGAGCGAAACACUCGUUGUAUGCGCACAUCUCGAGUUUCUGAACUUUCCAGAUGAUUCAGUUAUGGACCGCGGCCCCAGAGACUGCAUUCUCAGGUGGAUCCACGACUUAAAGCCCGCGCUCUUCACCUUUGUUGAGAUGGACCUUGAUUCCAACGCCCGCCCCUUCCUCUCCCGAUUCCAACACGCCAUCGAUUACCAUUUCUCCGUCUUUGCCUCUCACGACGCUCUAAUCGGCGCCGCCGACAAACGCCUGCUUUCCAUUUUCGAGGAGCUUUAUUUCGGCCGAGCGAUUGUGAAUAUUGUAUCGUGUGAAGGUGUAGAGAGGGUGCACCGACCCGAAACGCUCGACCAAUGGCGAGGAAGGAUGCUCAGGCUCGGGUUCGUACCGAAGCAGAUCCCCGGAGCGGUUACCGAGGCUAUGCAUAGUAUGCUGAAGAGGUUUCCUCUUGGAUUUGGGUUAUUGCUAGAGGAUGGGGCUAUCAGACUGGCAUGGAGGGGAAACACCUGUCUUCUCGCCCUUGGUUGGGUGCUAAAUUCGCAACCUUAA